CCCCAGGGCGGGCCGGGACAGCCCCAGGGCAGGCCGGGACAGCCCCGCGGACAGCCCCAGGGCGGGCCGGGACAGCCCCGGGGCGGGCCCCAGGGCAGGCCGGGACAGCCCCGCGGACAGGCCCCAGGGCGGGCCGGGACAGCCCCGGGGCAGGCACCAGGGCGGGCCGGGACAGCCCCGCGGACAGGCACAGCGAGGGGAGCACGGGGCCCACGGACCAGGCCGGGACAGCCCCAGGGCGGGCCGGGACAGCCCCGGGGCGGGCCCCAGGGCAGGCCGGGACAGCCCCGCGGACAGGCCCCAGGGCGGGCCGGGACAGCCCGGCGGACAGGCACAGCGAGGGGAGCACGGGGCCCACGGGCCAGGCCGGGACAGCCCCAGGGCGGGCCGGGACAGCCCCAGGGCGGGCCCCAGGGCAGGCCGGGACAGCCCCGCGGACAGGCCCCAGGGCGGGCCGGGACAGCCCCAGGGCGGGCCCCAGGGCAGGCCGGGACAGCCCCGCGGACAAGCCCCAGGGCGGGCCGGGAGAGCCCCGCGGCGGGCCCCAGGGCGGGCCGGGACGGGCCCCAGGGCAGGCCGCGGCACACCCGGGGGGCGGGGCCCGCCAGGGAAGGCGACCGGGGGGAGCCGGCCAGGAGGCAGAGGCGGGGCGCAAAGAGGAAGCCAGGCAGGGGGAAGGAGGAACGAAGGCAGACGGGGAAACGGCGAAGGGCGCAGGAAAGCAGGGAGAGGGGGGGGAGGGGAGCGGCGACGCGGAGAACCGGAGGAAGGCGAGAGCGAAGACGGGCAACAAACCCCGACGGCGGGAAGGGAGGCAGGGAGGAGAGAAAAGGGCGACGCGGGCGGGGCCCGGGGCGCGGAGGAGGCAGGAGAACGCGACGGAGCGCACGGCCAGCGGGCCGGCGACGCAGCAGGCAAAGGGCGGCCCGAGCAACGGGCGAGGGGAGGAGAGAGGCCGACAAGGGGGGGGACGGGGAACGGAGAAGGAGGGGGCGAGGCCGGAGAGGGAGCCGGAGAAACGGCGACCACAGCCAAGGAAGGCAGCAGGCGCGCAAAGGACCCAAGCCGGACACGGGGAGGGAGGGACAAGAAAGAACAAGACCGGGCGCGGACGAGGCGGGGAAGGGGAAGGAGGACAAGCGAAAGCCCGGAACGAGGAGCCAGGGGAGGGCAAGGCGGGGGCCAGCAGCCGCGGGGAAGGCCAGCGCCAAGAGCGGAGAGGGAAGGGGGGCAGGGAAAAAGCGCGGAGGGGGAGCGGGGGGGGGCAGAGCGGGCCGCCCCGGGGGGGCACCGGGCGGCGCGGCCCGGCGACCGGCGAGGCGCGCCGGGCCGGAACGGGCCGGGGCGGGCCGCCGGGGCGGGGACGGGGAAGAAAGGAGAGGGCGCAAAGCAAGCCGACGCGCGGGAGACAGGAGCAGGGGAGAACAGCAGAGGAGGGCGGGCCGGGGGGGCCGGCGGGAGCGGAGGAAGGAGGAACAGGAACAGGCGGGGGCAGGCGGAGGGCAGAGGCAGAGGGGAAAGGCGGGGAGGGAGGAAAGACGAACAACGGCGAAAGCAGGGGCCAAGGAGGGGGCAGGAAGCAAGAACGAAAGGGGGGGGCGCGAAGACGAGCAGAGACCGGCCGAGGCGCAACCAGAAACGAGGCCGACCAGGGAGCGGCGGAGGGGGCGGGAAGGACGCCGCCGGCACCGGAGGAGAAAGCAAAGGCGGGGGGGCCGGGGGGAGGAGGGGCGCAAGGCGGAAACGGAAAGGAAGGGACGGAAGGGCACCACCAGGAGGGGAGCCGGCGGCGGAAGGGGACGCAACACGGGGAAACGGACCAGGGCCAGACAGAGGAAGGAGGGACAGACGGAGAGCGCGGGCGGGAGGCGAGGGGGGGGGGGCAGGGCCGGGCGGAGGGGGGGAGCGAGGGGGCGGGGGAAGGCCGGGAACGAACGAGACCGCAGCCGGCGAACGAGCGAGGCGGAGGGGACCGGCCGCGGCCAGCGGCGGAGAGGGACGAGGGCCGCGGAGGCCAAGGAAGGGGGAGGCAAGAACAGGGCGGGGAGGCCCGGAGAGGGGCGGGGCCGCACGCGCGCGACACGGAGGGAGGCAACGAGGGGAGAGCCGGGGCCGACAGGCCCGGGGAAGCGGGGAAAGGGCAGCGGGAGGGGAGAGAGCAGGGCAAGGGGGGGCGGCAACGAGGAAGGCCGAGGAAGCGCGAGGCAGCAGCGCGCGGGGACGACGGCCCGGCCCGGGGACACACCGCCCGGCGCGCCGACCGAGGGAAGGGGCCGGGGAAGGGGGCGGAGCGAGGCGAGGGGGCGGGGCGCGGCCGGCAACGGCGCGAGAAGGCCACGGAACCGGAGCAGGGAGAGGAAGGAGAAGGCGGAACAAGGGGGCCGGAGGGGAACCGGCGGAAGGAGCAGGGGCGAGACCGGCCCAGCAGAACGACCGGGGAACAGGGAAGAAGAACCGGCGGG